UAGAAUUAGUUUUGGAUCAUCACUGCAAAUUGAAGGAUCACACAAAUCAAUGGCUGAGUUGCAUUGUCGUUUUUGUGUUUUUUGGCAUUCUGUAACUUGACCGCCCCUUGCAUAUAUAUGCAGCCAGCUGAAAUUAGCCUUGGCUGGCAUCCUCAAGUUAGAGAAUGCCAAAAACACAAAGGCGGCCGGGAUGCUGUGUCUUGCCGGAAGGCACGAAGCUGACGCUGGCGCACGACGACCACGGCGUGGCUGCAGCGGCGCCAAGGUUCAUCAUCUACAAGGACAAGGCCGACGCCGUGCCGUCCAACCUCCGCGCCAUGGACGCCAUCCUCGCCAUGUUCGGCAUCCUCCCUGGAUCCGACAAGGCGGCGCAGGUCGCCGACACCCUCCGCACCUGCGGCGAAUGACGGCCGCCGGCGGCGAGGAGCCACGCCACCUCCCGCGAGGCGGUGCUCGACUUCGCCGCCUCGGCGCUGGGCACCAGCGCGCCGCGCGCGGUCACCACGCUCGUGCACGGGAGGGAGCCCCGCAGGUACGUGGUAGCGGCCGACGGCGUCGCCCGGAUCGGCGGCGACGCCGUGGUGGCGUGCCACCCUAUGCCAUAUCCAUACGAGGUGUACUACUGCCACCGGCCAGCCGACGCGGUGGCGCUGAGGGUCGACCUCCACGCCGUCGCCGGCGUGGGCCUGGGCGGCGCCACUGCCGUCGACGUGUGCCACGUCAACACCACCACCUGGGACAGUGCCUACUUCGAGCUCCUCAAGGCAAGCCGUGGCGACGCCAUCUGCCACUACAUGCCGCAGGGCUAUGUUCUGUGGCUAGCCAAUUGA